AUGGAUCCCAGCAGCAGCAGCUGCAUGAGCAGCCCACAGCCUCCCCCCCUGCUCUGGGGCUGUGUGAGGAGCUCCCAGCCCGAGCUGAGCUCGGCUCCAGGGCUCAGCCACUACCCAGCAGCGCCCUUCUCCUUCCAGCAAAAAGCAGAUUUUGCUGCUUACCCUGAUUUCUCAGCCUCCUGCCUGGUGCCAGCUGCCCACAGCUUCCCCCAGGAGCAGCACCCCUCGUUCCAGCACCCCUCGUGGCACCUGGCAGCGCCUGAGGCCACCAGAGGAGCAAACCCAGGGCUGGCCUUGGCUUCUGGAGAGUCAGAGGGCGGCAGCGCCAGCCUGGGGAGCGUGGCUGUGGAUGAGGAUGAUGAGGCACCAGCAAAUCCUACAAGUGACUCUGAGAAAAAGCCAUCCAGAAGGAAAAAGGAAAGCUCAGAGAGCCAGAUCUCCAGCAAUAAGGCAGAAAGCAGCAGCAGAUCGCGGAAGGAAAGGACAGCAUUCACCAAGGAGCAGCUGAGGGAGCUGGAAGCUGAAUUUGCCCACCACAACUACUUGACAAGGCUCAGGAGAUACGAGAUAGCUGUGAACCUGGAUCUCACCGAAAGACAAGUCAAAGUGUGGUUUCAGAACAGAAGAAUGAAGUGGAAACGUGUUAAAGGUGGGCAAGCAGUGCCCCCACACGAACAUGACACAGAGGAUGUGGACUCUGCUGCCUCCCCCAGCUCUGAGUGAUCCCUGCAGCAACGGGAGACGAGUUUGGAGAAAAUCAUUGCUUGGAAUGUGGGUGCAAACUGCUUAAAAUCAGCUACACAAUGAGGUUACAGAGGCAAUUAAAGAGCACAAGGGGAAAAAACGCCAAAGGACAGCAUGGUUUUGAUUUUUGUCUCUCAAACUGUCUUACUACCACAGAUGAUUCUAUAGGAAAAAAAAAAACAA